AGCAGUUAUGAAGGCGGGCCUCGUAAACACCGAGCGGGGAUCUGACACAUUGUAACCUCGCAGCGUAUUCAGACUCGUCUGUCACGCAACCACCUUCUUCCGGGGUAGUUCCCUGUCAGAGAUCCUCCGUCAGGCGGCGCAGUCUUCGUCAAACGUCGCCGUUCUUUUUCCAUCGCCUCGAGGUCGGAUUUUCGCUGUUUUUCGUUUCGUGGUGCUACAGUAGUUUGCAUUUUCGCGAUGGACGUGAUGUGGGGAAAGAGGUACGAAUAAGCUAAGAGGCGCGCUCGCCUUGUAUUGGAAGAAAAUGUCCAGUAUAUUACAUGCAGCGUCAGAAGUGAAAUGGAACCGGUCCGCAGCGGCGAAGCGAGCGGUCUUCCUGGUGGCCGCUGCGUAUGGGGUAAAGACACUAUAUCCCAUUAUCUGCAGACAGAUCAACAAACGAAAACAGCCAAAGACGACCUCAGUCCCAAAGGCAGAGGAUGGAAACGGAUUGGUUUUGUCAACAAUAGCGAACGGGGUCGCCCCUAGCAAAAAGUCACCCGCAGUGAAUGCAGAAUUUUUAAAUCAGAUAUUGGAGCUAGCAAAAAUACUGUUCCCAAAGCUUAUAACGAAAGAGCUCGGGUUGUUAAGCCUGCACUCGGUCGCUUUGAUUUCCAGGACGUUCCUGUCUAUUUACGUGGCCGGUCUGGAUGGCCAGAUAGUCAAAACCAUCGUGGAAAAGGAACCGCGGAGCUUCGUAAUCAAGUUGAUGAAAUGGCUUCUGAUAGCCAUCCCGGCCACGUUCGUGAACAGCGCGAUCCGUUAUCUGGAGUGCAAACUCGCCCUGGCCUUUCGUACGCGCCUGGUGGACCAUGCAUACAGAACCUAUUUCACGGACCAGACCUACUAUAAGGUCAGUAAUAUGGACGGCCGACUGGCAAACCCGGACCAGUCUCUCACCGAGGAUAUCAUGAUGUUUUCGCAGUCCGUGGCCCAUCUGUAUUCGAACCUCACCAAACCCAUUCUGGACGUGAUGCUGACCUCCUACACGCUCAUCCAGACGGCGAGGUCCCGGGGCGCUAACGCCAGUGGACCGACCCUUCUAGCGGGUCUGGCCGUGUUCGCUACGGCGAAGGUCCUGCGGGCUUGUUCCCCGAAAUUUGGAAAGCUCGUAGCGGAGGAGGCGCACAGGAAGGGCUAUCUGCGCUACGUUCAUUCCCGAAUCAUCGCCAAUGCUGAGGAGAUAGCCUUUUACAGGGGACACAAGGUGGAGAUGCGGCAACUGCAGAAGUGCUACAAGGCGCUCGAGCAGCAGAUGAACCUCAUACUGUCCAAGCGGCUGUGGUACAUCAUGCUCGAGCAGUUCCUCAUGAAAUACGUGUGGAGUGGGUGUGGCCUCGUCAUGGUCGCCGUGCCAAUCAUCACUGCGACCGGAUUCGCUGACAACGAGCUCGCAGACGGCCAGACGCAAGUGCUGGUGAGCGAGAGAACCGAAGCGUUCACGACCGCGCGCAACCUGCUGGCCUCCGGAGCCGACGCCAUCGAGAGGAUCAUGUCCUCCUACAAAGAGGUCACCGAGCUGGCAGGCUACACGGCCCGCGUCCACAACAUGCUCCUGGUGUUCGACGAGGUGCAGAGGGGGUCGUACAAGCGAUCCACGGUGUCCCAGAAUCCCGUGGGGCAGGGCAAGGGGGAGCCCAGGCCACAGAUGCACGUUGAGGGCCCCCUAGAGAUCAAAGGGAGAGUUAUCGAUGUGGAUAAGGGGAUAGUGUGUGAGAAUGUCCCUAUAAUCACCCCCAAUGGAGAUGUGGUGGUGUCCAGUUUGAACUUCAAGGUGGAGGAGGGAGUGCAUCUGCUGAUCACGGGGCCCAAUGGCUGUGGGAAGAGCUCUCUGUUCCGGAUUCUCAGUGGGCUGUGGCCUGUGUACGGCGGCUGCCUGUACAAACCCUCCCCACAGCACAUGUUCUACAUCCCGCAGAGGCCCUACAUGUCCAUCGGUACUCUGCGGGACCAGGUCAUCUACCCGGACUCUGUGGAGGACAUGCACCAGAGGGGCUACAGCGAUCGCGACCUCGACCUCAUCCUGGAGGUCGUCAACCUCAACCACAUCGUCACCCGCGAAGGGGGCUGGGAUGCAGAGACAGACUGGAAGGACGUUCUGUCUGGGGGAGAGAAGCAGAGGAUGGGAAUGGCCCGCAUGUUCUACCACAAGCCAAAAUAUGCGCUGUUGGAUGAGUGCACGAGUGCCGUCAGCAUUGAUGUUGAGGGCAAGAUCUUCCAGGCUGCAAAGGAUGCUGGGAUCUCCCUGCUGUCCAUAACCCAUAGGCCCUCUCUCUGGAAGUACCACACACACCUCCUGCAGUUCGACGGGGAGGGCGGCUGGCGGUUCGAGCAGCUGGACACGGCGACCCGCCUCUCCCUGACGGAGGAGAAGCAGCGUCUGGAGACCCAGCUGGCGGGAAUCCCCAAGAUGCAACACAGACUGAAUGAGCUCUGCAAGAUCCUGGGGGAGGACUCCGUCCUCAAGACGGGCGACCUCGACGAAUGAGAGCAAGGGGGAGUGGCUGAGAAGAAGCGUUGCUCGCCCACCCUAACACACACAAACUCAGUCUCCCAAUUUUAAUAUCAAAUAGGAAAAUUUCAUUCUCACAUCUACAUAUACAAGCGUUUAGAGCUAAGGCGGCAAUCAGUGACCACUAACAGAACCGAUGACAAACCUUUUAGGUACUUGACCAAAAAAAACAGCACUUUAUUUCACCUCGUAAGGCCUGCAUCCUGAACAUAACCUUCUUUAAGUCCACUGAAAUAAGCAUU